UCGGAGGUCGCGUGCGGGCAUUCCAGUUAGUAACAAUAAUAUUCUCGGGGGUAGCACGCACCGUGGCACAGCGCACAACACCAUAUUGUAACGGACGUUUUUCGCUAUUUUUUUUUUUUAUCAUAUUUUGAAUUCGUUUUCCAUUUUUCUAAAACGUUGCUCUUCGUCGGGUUCCUUUCCAAUACAAUAUCAACCACCGCGACGUGAUAAGAUACGCGGACGCAAUAAUCGUAGGUACGAUUAUAGACCGCACAGACUUACUCAUUUACCGGACAUUCGUCCCGGGAACGUUGCAGUAUCGUCAUAAUAUAAUAUUAUCAAACUACGUUAACGCGCGAGUCCGGAAGAAGAUAGCGUUUGGACAGCGGUGGUCCGAAUCAAAUGAUUGUUUCAUGUGAGUACAACUGUUUAAAACAUGUUGGAUAUCAAGAGGUCGAUUUCCAUGCUUCCAGCACCAGUAAACUCGGAACCAGACACGGAUCUGACCAGUCUGAACUGGUUGCACAGUUUGACGAACAUACUUACUGUGCCAUCUCUGCCUACGCCUCCUGAUUCGCCUAAUUCACCCACACGUUCAGCAGAUCAGAACCCAAAAAAACUUCCACACAAAAUCCGUUUCCAAAUGAGUUUGGAAAGUGCUGAACAAUACAAAAAUAAUGGAGACAAAAAACCGCCAUUUUCAUACUCUACGUUGAUUUGUAUGGCCAUGAAAGCUAAAGGGAAUAAAGUUACCUUAAGUUCUAUUUAUGGUUGGAUCAGGGAAAAUUUUUUGUACUACCGAAACGCCGAUCCUAGUUGGAAGAAUUCAAUCAGACACAAUUUAUCGUUAAACAAAUUCUUCGUGAAAGUGCCGCGAUCUAAAGAUGAACCAGGUAAAGGAGGAUUUUGGAAGUUUGACGUCGAUUGCUUAGAAGGUGGUGCUCGACGUAAACGAACAAGUAGCCGGAGGCGGGCAAGUCGGAUGCAACAAAAGAACAACGCGAGCAAGGGCCAGGGAGAGAUGACCGUCGAGGACGAAAAAGCACUCCAGUUGGCCGUCAUGUCGCUGCAGGAAGAGGAGCAACGACAUAUGGACAACAAUUUGGACGGUUUCCACCAGCAGCCGAUGAUACUUCCUGUCGACGAGCCGAUGGGCGAACCCGAGUUGAUCUACAGCUGUUCGAUAAACGCAGCCACCGUGGAUCCGUUCAUGUCUUCUGUAGUCGAUUACACGAUAAUCGACAUACCCAACGACCAUCAUCAGCCACAAAUCGCCACGGACGACGAGCUAACCAUGCUCACGAACUUGACGUGGGACGAUUCGCAAAUGGACCUGCUCGAUUCGUUGCUAGACUCGUUGUAGACCGGUUUUAAUAAUAAUUUAUUGUAUUAUUAAUAUUGUGCAGUUGGUAUGCGUUAUCGGAUCCUAUAUACUAUAUCAUUGGCAUUAUUAUACAUAUUAUUAUUGUGUUUUAAUGCCAAAUCCAUUCCAACAUUCCGUUUCGAGUGUUUUGACGUGUCAAAGUGAAACUAGUCUUUUUAUUUUUUAUUUUUUAUUACUAUACUUAAUUAUUUAACUUAGAACGAAACGGCGAGAUCGAAAUUGUGAUACAAACUGUUUGGAUAGAGCUUGAUAACUAUUAGUGUAUACUUAGAUUUAAUUACCCACUACCGUAGGUAAGUCUCUAAAGACGUAGCUAUCUAUCUUACCAGUUUGCAACACAGAUACUUUCCGUUUCACCCUGUAUCGCGAAUGGGAAUACAAAUGACUUGUAUAGAAAAGUCACCCAAUAUUAACCCUAUGAUAAUAUUAUGUAUUUAUGUAAUAAUUUGUCUAUCUUUUCUUUUUACAUACC